GUAGUCUGACUUAGAAAUGGUGGUAAAACCAACAGUUGCAUUAAGAGCUAUUUUUGUUGGAGGAAUAGCAGCAUUUGCUAAAAUAGCUGGAGCAAUGAAAGCUGCAGGUGGUGUAAAAGUGGGUGCAGCUGCUACUGCAAUGGCUGCUGCAGCCACUGCAGCUGUUACAGGGUCAAAACAAGAGCAAACUGAUGCAUCUCAACCGUCUCCAAAAUAACUAUCUGUAUCAUUUUGUUUCUUCCAGUUUGACACUAUGUGUUGUGAAAUUUCUGUAACUUAGUUGAAUGUUCCCAAGUUUAAGUGGAAGAAAGAGGCCAUAUGCGAAUUAUAGUUUUGACAGUGGUGAUGUAAUAACCUCUUCAAGAUUUGUAGUAAGAUUACAUUGAAUUUAUAGAGUUCUCGAAGUUUUUUAUGGAAUUAUGGAUGGAUUUAGGAGACAAAACUAAAGUCUCAGCCCAGUAGGCUGAAUUAGAUUAUCCAAAUGCUGAGAAAUGAGUUUUCUUUGAAGUAACUUAUGAUGAUUGAACAUUAUUAACACAGUUCAUUCC